AUGAAUAAUAAUAAUAGUUUUAACUUUAUAGAUUCACAAUACUCUACACCACAAGGGGCCUAUUAUGAUAAUACAGGUAGAAUGGGUGGUGGAGGUGGUAUGGGGGGACCAACAGACUCUUUUGACAAUGAAUUACCAUUAUUAGAAGAAUUAGGUAUAAAUUUCGAUCAUAUUAGAUCAAAAACAUUAUCAGUAUUAAAUCCAUUAAAGAAAAUAGAUUCACAUAUUAUGGAUGAUACUGAUUUAGGUGGUCCAAUUUUAUUUGGUUUAUUAUUAGGUUUUUCUUUAUUAAUGAGUGGUAAAAUUCAGUUCGGAUAUAUUUAUGGAUUAGGUUUAAUUGGAUGUGUAUCAAUGUAUAUUGUAUUAAAUUUAAUGAGUGAAAAAGGAAUUGAUAUUUAUAGAGUAAUCAGUGUUUUAGGUUACUGUCUUUUACCAAUGAUUUUCUUAUCAUUUACUUCUUUAAUUAUUAAUAUAAAUGGUAUGGUUGGAUACAUAUUAAUUGGUUUUGCAAUUGUUUGGAGUACAUAUUCAGCAUCAAAAAUGUUUGUCAAAGUUUUAUCAAUGAUUGAUCAAAGAAUAUUAGUAGCAUAUCCAGUUGGUUUAUUAUAUACUGGUUUUGCUCUCAUUACUGCUUUUUAA